AUGAAGAAGACGCCAUCGACGCCCCAGUUUUGCCUCGCGCUGCCCCACUUGGCGUUUCGGUCGAUGCCCAAGCACGGCGGCUACCGCAUCAUGCUGACCAAGACCGAGAUGAAAGGGGCCUUUGAGCUUUCGCUCGAGUCGUUGCGCACUAUGAAGCAUUGGACGUGCGCAAUUGCAAACACCCAAUCGGUGUGUGGCGACGAGACGCAGCUCCCACCCGCGAUGCUCUUUGACCUUUUGCGCACGGCGCUCGAAGGUCGCAACGAGCAGCUCAAGCGACGCGAGACGCUGGGCGAUCGCUUGUCGAAGUUCUUUGGAGAAGCCAUGACGCGCGAUAGAACAAUGGACGUGGACCUAUUGCCUGGUGACAGCGGCGCCGUCGUGCUCACGCUCACGAUUCCUCUCUCGCCCGUGUGGUCGACUGUCGCCCGCUUUCGGUGCGAAGCAAAGGCGUUGGACAGCCUCGACGCACUGCGCCGCAAGGUCGAGCACCUCGGAGAGGAUGUCGAGACCAUCGCGGCCAAGGUGAACCUGCAUAACAGCAUCAUUUUUCUUGCUGUCCUCCUUGCGUUCGUUACGCUCUUCAAGCUCAUGUACAUAACCUUUUAGGGCCGACUAAGAUCUGAAACGCAAUAUGGUG